GAUAAAUCGGAGCGCACGGGAAGGAUGCUGCUCUCAGUAGGAGCAGGUGUAUUCAGCCAAGUGGAGGCGCAGGGCACAAACCAGGAGCGAUGCACAACAGCCUUCAGACCACAGCACCUGCUCCAAAGGAAAACCCCUCAUGCUGAGAUAUGCUGCGGCUUCUUCUCUUAAAAAUAAUUAUGACUGGAUUUUUUUCCUGCAACUUAUAAGCGAAAACCAUGAGAAUGUGGUUACCGUGGAACUGAUGAACGCACAGCUCAUUUGGAAAACACUGUACGGACACACACACUCACGCAAAAUCAAGGAGAGCUCUGUUGGCUUCUUAUAAGGGGCGCUUCACUGCAAUCAGUCUUGUUCUUAUCAAGGACAUAAUCAUCUGCAAGGAUGCCCGUAGCACUUUUAUCAGCGCAGUCGCUCUACAUAGGAAUGGAGGUGGUGAUUGCAGUCGCGUCUGUCAUCGGGAAUGUGAUGGUGGUUUGGGCGGUGAAAAUUAAUAAAUCGCUACGAGACACCACGUUUUGUUUCAUCGUCUCCCUGGCUCUGGCGGAUAUUGCAGUCGGAGCCCUCGUCAUCCCUUUGGCCAUUACUAUCAGCAUCGGACUUCAAACUCACUUUUACAGCUGCCUGCUCGUGGCGUGCACGGUGCUGGUGCUGACGCAAAGUUCAAUCCUGGCCCUCCUGGCUAUUGCGAUUGACCGCUAUCUCAGGGUCAAGAUCCCGACCAGGUAUAAACAAGUGGUGACCCCUCGGCGAGCUGGGGUGGCAGUGGUGAUAUGCUGGACGGUGGCUUUCAUCGUGGGGCUCACACCCAUGUUAGGCUGGAACAACCUGAAGCGCCUCCAGCAGAACGGCUCCAUCAGCUCUGACCUCGUUAUCACCUGCCAAUUUGAAAACGUUAUCAGCAUGGACUACAUGGUGUAUUUUAACUUUUUCGGCUGGGUGCUGCCGCCCCUGCUUCUCAUGCUAGUUAUUUAUGCAGAGAUCUUCUACAUGAUCCACAAGCAACUUAACAAUAAGAAGUUCACCACCAGUCACACAGACCCCAAUAAGUACUAUGACAAGGAGCUGAAUCUUGCGAAAUCUCUAGCUCUGGUCCUUUUUCUCUUUGCUAGCAGCUGGCUCCCCCUCCACAUCAUCAACUGCAUCACACUCUUCUGCCCUGAGUGCAAGAAGCCAAUUGUCCUCCUCUAUAUCGCCAUCCUGCUCACCCACGGCAACUCCGCUGUCAACCCAAUUGUCUACGCUUUCCGCAUUAAGAAGUUCCGCACAGCCUUCCGGAAAAUCUGGCAGCAGUACUUCUGCUGCAAGGACACACCAGCUCUGGAGAUUCAGCCCAGCGACAGGAAAGAGAUGCCCAACCCAGAGCCACAGCAGGCGACACCACCGCAGCCUUCUCAGAAGGAAAUCCUUAAAUCCGAUCGACCUCAACAGCAGCAGCCUCCACAUGAGCGGGAGCAGAACCAGAGGACCGAACUGCUACAGCAACCUAAAGAACACCCGCCCUUACUGGAGCAGAAUGCAGUGUAA